AUGAAGAACGUUUACGACAAGGAGCCAUGGUUGCUGGAUCAUACAAUUCAUCCUUUGUUCCGGAAGAACGAGUGGUUUUAUUUCGUGACGAGGACUCAAGUGUCAGUGAAGAACAUUGGUCGUGGUAGGAACUCAAAGCGGAGGAUCGCCGGGGACAACGAUGGUGGGAGUUGGAAGCCUAACGCUAAAAAAUAUAUUGAGGACGAAGAAAACGAGAAGACCAUAAUAGGGAAAAAGCAAACUCUAAAGUUCACUAAAAGCGACAACAAUAAGAGGCAGAAGAGAGGAGACGGUACUUCUGCUGUUGUUCCUGGGAGCAAUAGUAGCUGGAUUAUGCACGAGUAUUCGCUUCCGGACGAAAAUACGUUUCAAGAACUGGUCCUGUGCAAGAUUCGCAAGAUAGGCAAUUCUAAGGAUGAAGAAAGUGAAGCCGUGGAGGGGACACAUGACGCAGAAGAAGAUGGGACUGGAGAGCUCGUUGAAAGAUUCGCAAGAACGGGAUUGGAUGAUCAACAAACAACGGAGAAAGAUGAUCAACAAGAGCCACCAACGUACGGUCUUUCUCAAUCUAGUGAUCCUCCCGCUAGGCUUGGCGAUAAAUCUCUACCAAUAUAG